CCCUUCCACUGUUGGCAGGCUUCUCUGCCCCCUGCUCCCCUCCUCCGAGACCCCCUGAGAUGAGCCUUCCCCAUCUUCUGACCUUCCUUUGCCUCCUGGUGGCCCUGGUCAGCGGGAACCUGGUCCAGUUCGGGGUGAUGAUCGAGAGGAUGACAGGGAAGUCGGCCCUGCAGUACAAUGAUUACGGCUGCUACUGUGGCAUUGGUGGGUCCCACUGGCCGGUGGACCAGACAGACUGGUGCUGUCACGCCCAUGACUGCUGCUACGGGCGGCUGGAGAAGCUGGGCUGUGAACCCAAACUGGAAAAGUACCUUUUCUCCGCCAGCCAGCAGGACAUCGUCUGUGCCGGCAAGACCACCUGCCAGCGGCUGACCUGCCAGUGCGACAGGAGGGCUGCGCUCUGCUUUCGCCAGUACCUGAGCACCUACGACCGCAAAUACGCCCACUACCCCAACAAGCUGUGCACCGGGCCCACCCCGCCCUGCUAG